UAAAUGAGAUGUUCUGUAAUUGUAGUGUAUUUGAAUUUAAAUGAAAGUUUUCAUUAUUAUUAUUAUCAUUUUAUCACAACAAUGUUAUUAGUUUUUCUUAUUACCUUUGGCCCGCUUAAAGAAAGGUUUGAAGGAUCUCAGCCCAGUCUCCAAAAAGGUUGCCCACCCCUGAUGUAGACAGUAAACAAGUCAUCAAAACAUGUUAUUAUCAUUCGGUAUGAGCACAGGUCUUCCCUCUCAUAGCCUCUGCAACAGCAUCUCAAAGCAAAGACAGUGAAUGCUCCUAGUCCAAAUUGAUUUUGAAAAAUAUUAAUAAUAUAUCCUUGUUUUGUCUUUAACUCUUAAUUAUCUACUUGAUAGCUGUGCAGGUUGUGAAAACAAGAAACGGUUAUACUACCUUCAUCUGAAGUCACGAUUUUGAAUUCAAUGUUCUGAAAGUACAAAAACAAAAGUUGAUGAAUAACAGGUGGUUGUGCAGCCAGAAUUUUUUGCUCUACUUCACUCACUUAGAGGCACACAAUUUCCCUUUCUGAUUUCUAGGAUUAACUUCUUUUUCAGUCUGAGCUAUUGGUCUUGUGUUCUACGGAACAUCUGAGAAAUAGUUUUCUCAAUUCAGCUGAUCUUAAUUAUUGAUCAUAGAGAAAAGAAAAGACAAGAAAGGGAGUAAACAGAUUGUGGAUCUGUUUCUGAAGAAAGUUGGUGACACAAUUUGUUCUACUUUAUGCACUUUGACAAAUUGCUUGCCUGCAUCAAGGGAUAGAGUGGUUUGAGAUCCCAGCUGCUAGCAUGCUUGCAAGCCAAUACUAAUUGAAAUUAUAUUCACUAUCAACUAUCAACACUUUAUCUCAAGUUGUUCUUCCACUUUUGAUAUUUAGUAUGUUUCCAAAUGUGCUGUUUCUAUGUCACUGUCAUCCAAGACGGCUAGCAACUUUAGGUUAUUGGCACAAAAUGUUUGUCCCUUAUUUUUUGUCACCUUUUUAGAAACAAGAUAUUUUUCAAAAUCUUUUGAACAACCCAGAACCAACCUGUUUGGAUUAGCUUUCAAGUUCAGAUUCUCCAAAGAUUCUUGAGAUAAACUUUCAUGUCACUUUUGCAUUUUUAUUGUUGGUCUCCUGUCAUUAAGGUGACUGUGAAACGCAACAUCUCCAGCAUUUUCAGCACUAGCCUACCUCUCUGCUUUAAUAAUAUUUAGCACAACUUAGUAUCAAGUGGCCAAACAAACACAACAUUUUGCCAAGCCAUGCUGGUAAAGCAUUAAAAAUAAUAGAAAAGCUGAAUGAUAGAUAUUUUUGUUCUCCUACAACCAUCGCUUAACAUAGACCGGUCUGUGCUUAAAAUCACUGAUAAACGUUAGUGAGAUGACCAAACAUAACCAACACUGGACAUAGCAAGCAUGUUGAUUGUAGUGUGUGCUCCAAUCCCAUAACUUGAAAGUAAAUGGUCUGGAACACAGGCUAAUUGAUUGUUGCUCAAUCUACAGUUUAGUUUGUUAGGGCUGUUCUUAAGAUGGAAGCAUCCCGUGGCCUCUUGCAAUCUUUGAUUGCUUAACCCUAGGUACCGACUGGAUUUUCUCCAAUAUUGAUCAUUUGAAAAAUUGUGGUAAUAGAAAGCCGUACAAUGUCUUCAAAUAAUUUGUAUCUUAUUGGCAAGAUUCUGAAAUUUAUUGCCACAGUUAGAUGGAGGUCCUAGUGAAAAUAGGGUUUUAGUGUUUGGUAUUUAUCAUGCUUAAUAGAUUUAUCAAUGUAUGUUUCCUCUACAUAUUAUGACAAAAUUCGUUUGGAACAUGCCACAGGGAUUUAAGCCUUAUUUAACAUCUUUAGUUAACAUCCUUAUUUAACAUCCUGUCUUUCAAAGCCUUGUCCCAGAACAACUGAGGUUUCACGUUUGUUGACUCUGAGAAAUUCCUUUUCUCUCAGGGAUAUAUAACUAGCUGUUGUUUAAAGGCAGAUAAAAGUCUUUUGAAUAACCAUACCAAAAAAUCUUUAAGAUAUCUUAAUUUCAAUAGUGCUAUGUUAUUGCUUAUAAUUCCUGUCCUUUCUGAACGGAUUUGUUCCAAUAAUGCCGAAUGUUUGCCCUCUACCAUUGAAAAUCCCCCUUGCCUUGUUUAUUAGGACUUACGGAUUAGUCGGAAGUAAUCUUUGAGAAGUAUUCUCGAAUGGAAAGUAGGAAUUUUGAAUGGAUGAUAGUUCGGUUAGAUGAUAUUUUCGUGUAAUCGUGUACGAAAAGGGAGCAGCGUUUCGAACCGCACGGGAAAAACAUUUUCUAUUUUUCCAUGAUGGAUCCAAGGGAAGCUAACGACGUCAAGGGAAAGGAACCGUCAAAUUAUGUUGGUUUCGCAAAUUUACCAAAUCAAGUUCACAGGAAGUCAGUCAAGAAAGGCUUUGAGUUCACGUUAAUGGUAGUUGGUGAAUCUGGCCUAGGCAAAUCAACCCUAGUUGAUAGUUUGUUUUUGACAAACCUAUACAAAGAUAGAGUGAUUCCUAGUUCUGCAGAGAGAAUAAAAAAGACAGUUGAGAUCAAACAGUCGAGUGUUGAUAUCGAGGAAAAGGGCGUUCGACUUAGGUUAACUGUGGUUGAUACCCCCGGCUUUGGUGAUGCAGUCAACAGUGAGAAAAGCUGGGAAGCCAUUGUGAAUUACGUUAACAGACAGUACGAUUCGUAUCUGACUGAUGAGUCGGGCCUAAAUCGAAGAAAUAUCGUGGAUAACAGGGUUCAUUGCUGCCUGUAUUUUAUCAGCCCCAUUGGACAUGGGUUGAAACCUCUAGAUGUUAUUGUUAUGAAGUCUUUACAUGAUAAAGUAAAUAUUGUUCCUGUUAUCGCCAAGGCAGACACACUUACGAAGAAAGAAAUGAAGACACUAAAAGAAAGGGUUUUACAAGAAGUACAAAGACAUGGAAUCCAAAUAUAUCAGUUUCCCGACUCUGAUGAAGAAGAGGAUGACGAAGAAUUUAUUGAAAUAAAUAAAGAACUGAAAGAAGGAGUUCCCUUUGCUGUUAUUGGGAGCAAUAGUGUAAUCGAAGUGAAUGGGAGAAAGGUCAGAGGAAGGUCGUACCCAUGGGGUGUUGUUGAUGUUGAGAACCCAAACCACUGUGAUUUCAUGAUGUUGCGAAAUAUGCUGAUUAGGACACAUAUGCAGGAUUUGAAGGAUGUAACAAAUGACAUACACUAUGAAAAUUUCCGCGCUCAAAAACUAGCUGGCGGCAAUUUCAACCCCGCAAAAAUGAUCAAAGUGGACGAUAGGAGAAAGCGACAGAGUGGGAUCCAUGAUGAACGAGAUAUGUUGCUUAUGGAAAAGGAAGCAGAGCUACGAAAGAUGCAAGAAAUGCUGGCUAAAAUGCAACGGGAAAUGAUGCAGCAAAGCAAUUAGACAAUCUUUGGUUGCAGUGCAGCAAAACACGGAGAGAGGUAUGUCCGUAAUCUAUAACGGUUGCCCGAAUAAUCGCCUCGAACAGAUCUAAUAGAACAAUCCACCUUAUCGAUAGGCCCAGGUUAUAUUUGCAAAUUUAACGUAAAGCAGAUUAAUAUUGUAGAGGAGAUAGAUUUUUUAGGCCAGAGGUUUGAUAUUGUGUAAUAGCAUUGACAACUUGCCUAUGUAUGUUUUUAAUUUAAAGGACUUUUUAUUCUAGUCAGUACAUUUGUAUUAUAGAUUAAACGACAAUAGACGGAUUGCCUUAAUGUCUUUAGUCCCGUGUCUUUAAAUUUUUCCCGUUCUAUUUAUGGUUGUUGUGGAAUAUCUUAGCUUGUGCUUAUUGACAUAAUUGGUUAAUUUGGAAAGUUAAAUUUUUAUGAUUUUGGUUCUUUUAAACUAUAAAUAUAAUUUGUGACCCUUUCACGAGUGUAAAA